AUCCCAACCCACGCUGGUAUCCAUAGGGAAUGGGUUUGCGCUCUUCAGACAGCAGGACUCUGCAACCCAUCACGUCAUUAGAAAUCACCUCUAUAGACGUAUUUACUCCCUGGAUUACGCGAUUCACCAGCGAAAGGCGACAUUUUAACGGAUUUGAGUCCACUCAAGGGUCAUUUCCUGUCAGCAUGCCGCUGCUGUAGUGGAGAGGAACAUCACCACCAGUCACUCACCAUGCUUCAGUUACACACCAGCUGCAGGCCUGCCUGGCUCAUCUGUUUUCUCCUUGGUCUUUCCGUGGUACACACUCAGGCCCAAAAUGUUCUGACUGCACCCGAACAGGUGAGCCUGUCAUCCAACGUGACAACGCAGCAAAUAUCCAUAGCAUGGCUGGGAGGCGGCUCUACAAUGUUUGACGUCAUGAUCCUCAGGACGGAACUCAACGAAAGCGUCUUCUAUGACACGCUGCCUGUGACCAUAAAUCAGUCAACUGGUCGGUACGAGUGGAAUUGGACCUCAGCAGAACCUCUGGAAUGUACUUCAUUGUCUGUCCAAAUUCGCUCAAGAGAAGGGCAGACGACGAGUGAAUGGAGCGACACGUAUAUUCUCCAAGGAGAAGAUCUGCCCACCAAAAGGAUGUUCAAGAUGUACCCAGUGGACAGAGCUGUGCUUGCAGGGGACAGCACCAGUUUUUGUUGCAUUGUGGAAGAAGGGCGGGACUUUGGUCGCGUAACUUACGGCAACACAGUCGUGAACGUCACCCGGCUCAGUCGGCGAAGUUACGGCUUCACAGUGACCAACCAGUCGCCAUCCAACAGUUCCAGGUCGGGGACCAAUGUCGUCUGCUGGGACAACGUUGACCAGAAUAAGAUGUCUGGAACCGUGGUCUUUGUUGGAUAUCCUCCUCUGCUCAGUGAUUUUUUUUGUGAGACUCACGAUUUGAAGUCAGCCGUGUGCCAGUGGAGGAGAGUACGAGACACCAGAUUGUACGGCAGUAAGCGGCGAACAGUCUACUCACUAAACGACAGGGAAUGUGCGAAAGAAACCAUUCCGGAACAGGUAUUAUUUACUUGUUUUGUGGCGGAGUGGGACGGCAACUGGACGCUGGAAGCUGUGAAUCCUGUGGGCCAGUACAGCAUGAUGGACUCUGCUGAAAUCCGGCACAGAGUGCGGCCAGUGUCUCCUCAAAAUAUAAGCACUGUCGUCCGUGCAUGGGAUGCCACCAUGUUCUGGAAGUGGGAAUAUGACAGCUAUACUUCCCUGGCUCUGGUCUGCCAGGUAGAGCUCAGUUCUCAAGACAAUAAAACAAAGCGCACCUUCACAGGCGUCGGCCUGAGAACGGUGAUUCUUCUGGACCUGUAUCCUGAUGAGGAUUACUGUGUUAGAGUACACUGUGGUGCCCAGAAAAAUUUCUGGAAAUGGGGAAACUGGAGUAAAACCUAUUCUUUCAGAACAAAUAUAGAUGUUCCAGCUGCUCUAGAUGUGUGGAUGCACAUCAACAAUGACAACACAGGUCUGAUUCUUUGGAAGCCUCUGACAGCAAAAGAAAGCCACGGUCAGCUUACAUCUUACGAGGUGACACUCUGGAGCCCAGAGGAGAACCUGCAGCACACUGAAACUCUUCCUCCAGACACCACCAUGCUGCCGAUCAACCUCACCCAAAUAACAGCUUUUAGCAAUGACAACCAGGUCAUGGCAAGUGUCAUCGCCAAAAACGCUGCAGGGGGCUCUCCACCUGUAAGUGUGGCUGUACCUCUACAUCUCACAGAUCAGCAUAAUAUUGCUUUGUCAAGGGUCGUUUAUAUGGACAGUGGGUUCCCCCUUGUCUGGCAGAAUGACAGCAACACGAGCUGUGGUUAUGUCAUAGAGUGGCAUGACGCUUGCUGCCAGCGAGACUGCCCAGUGGAGUGGCUCAAACUGUCCACGGGAAACACAAAUGUCUCUAUUGAGUCAGCCAACUUCCAGCCGGGUGUGAUGUACAACAUCUCCCUGUUCACCUGCACAUUAGAGCUGCUGCAGCGCUGGCAGGGCUUCACGCAAGAGCUGGUCCCGUCCAGGUCUGUCCCCAAACUAGAAAUCGGUCAGCAGGACUCUGAUGUUAUCUUGACGUGGGGAAGCAUCCCUCUGGUCAGCAGGCGAGGAUACGUCCUGGGUUACAAUGUUUACAUGAGUAAUGACUCCCAGCUUGUGAAACUAGCCAAUUUAUUGGGACAAGGAAGCAGGAAGCACACAAUUAAAGGUCUCUCGGAGGGCCCCUAUAAAUUUACAGUCAAAGCCUAUACCUCAGCAGGCGAGGACACGGGCGCCACCAUCUCCAUCACGGUGGAGACCCUUGCUGAUUGGCUCAUCCUGGAAAUACUGGCCUCUCUGGGUCUCUCAACGUUAUUGUUAGCCAUUGUCACUGUUCUUUGCUAUAAGAAACGUAAAUGGGUAAAGACAGCAUUCUAUCCGGACAUCCCUCAGCCUAAACUGAACGAUGACUGGACCAGAACACAGGGACCACUGGAUGUGACGUCAUCUCCCCACAAUAUGAUCCAUGUCGAGGAAAAGCCAGGAUUCAACUCAAUGAAAGAAGUCCUUGUCGGCAUUCCAGAAGAGGACGAGGAGGAAGAGGAGCAGAUGAUACGAGACGAGCCGGUGGACACAGAUGAGCCCACUUCAUUACGCUACUACAACCAAAUGAUUGAUGAACGUCCCAUAAGGCCACGUUUCCCGGACUCCUCUGAUUCUUCUGGGUCUUCACUGGACUCUGGUAACACUGAUGUGACUUACACAGGGAUCCAGACUUCAGCGUCAUCUUUGGUUUUCCCGACGGAUCUUCAAUGCACCUCCGAAGGGCACCAGGUCGAAAUGUGUCUGGGUGGAGAUGGUUACCGCCCUCAGACGCAAACAACAGCAUCAAGCGACGAAGCACUUCUGACGCAUUCUCCACAUGAGCCCCAAACUGCCAGCUCUGGGGGCUACAAACCCCAAAGGUCCUGGCAUUUGGACUCACCUGUGGAGUCUGGAGAACGGGAAUGCCUGGCUCCUAACUUGGGGUCGCCCACAUCUGUGGCUUCCACCCAGUUCCUCCUCCCUGACGAGUCAGAGGAGUACCGAGAGGAGAAACAUCAGCAGUCGUCUUCUGCGACAAGCUGGUUUACCAACCUGCUGACCUCCACAAAACCAUGAUAUUCUCCACAAAACCAUGAUAUCUUCUCAUUGGUCGUUGCAACUAACACUUUUACAUUCAUUACCAGUGACAUGCAGCAAACAAGCUUCACAGGACAAAAUAUAAUUUCCAUUUGGAUGUAGCAGUUUGCACCGUGACCACAGGUAUAUCAUAUGAACACACAGGGCCUGAUCUUCUAAGAUCCAAAUACCUCAUGCAAAACAGCUUGUGCAAAUUCUAAAAUUGCAUGUACUAUUAGUGAGCGUGUUGCGUGUGAUCUAGUAAGAUUUCGUAUGCAAUUGAAAAGUGGUGCAAACCGUCUUAUUUAAAGGAGGUUUUUGCACGUACUACAAAGCUUUCACCAUGGAGACACUCGUUUAGUGCACAUUCUUGUUAUCAUGCUCCUACAAGGCGCAUUUUGCUAUGUUUUAAAACAUGUAGCAGACCGUUAUGUGCCACAUUUUCCUAGUGUUUUAGAAGCAGUCCUGCUGUGCGAUCUACAAUAAAACGCAAUUUUUUAGUGUGCUGACAAGUAGUAAUGUCGAAAAAAUUAGCAGGGACGAAGCAGAAGAACGAAAAAGAGACAUGGCGAUGACGAGUAAGAAGAAGAAGUACGCUUGCAAGUUCCAAAAUGAUUGGAAAAAAUAAUUUAAGUUCAUCCAGGACAGCUCGAAGGGGAAGGGGUAUGCUGCCUGCAAAUUUUGUAGAUCAGACUUCCCCAUUGAACUCAGUGGCCGAACGGAUAUACUCAUUCAUGAAUGGAUUAAGAAAUACUUGAAAAUAUAUACACUAUCCCCCCGCCCCCCUGCCAUCUCCCGAAUUCGGAGGUCUCAAAGUUGGCAAGUAUGCCUUAUAGAGGUCCUAUUAUGAUUUUUUUCUAGAUCGAAAACACUUAACUUGUGGUCUACAUAACGUUUAGUGGUGGUUCUUUGGUCAAAAUGUAGCUCAGAUUAUGUUUUAUAGACCGUCUUCAAGCUGCUUACUGAUCGUCUCUUCAGACUGUGCCGUUUUGUGGGUGGUCUUAUGUAUGUGCUUCCAUUUCUACUUUCUUGUAUUUUAAGUGCUUCCAUAUUGCUUCUACUGACAGGUAUAAGUUAAAACUAUACCCUACUUUAUAUUGGAAAUGGCAACAGCCGAGGACGCAUGUAAAUCCGCGAGCCAGUCUGCCUCACAACAGGACAGAAAAAAAAAAUUACUUAUAAAUUACAGCGUGGACUACAAUGGCGGAAACACGCAAGGCAGCGGAUAAUCCACUGACAUCACACGCUGCAAAAACAUCAUAAUAGGAGCAAACUCCAAACAGUUCGUUUGUCGGAAGUUGUAAGGAAAGAAGGCUAUAUUAUUUUCUAAAUAUCCCCGCAAUGCUUCUACAGUUUGAUUUCAAGUUUUCGGGACUAUAGAGAUCCUAAAUACACCACAGCAGGUACCAAUAGAUAAGAAAAGUUGAUUUUGCAUAAGAGGGCCCUUUUUAGCCAUUCAACAGCUAUAAAAUUAUAAAAUGAUAUUGCUGAAUAGACAAUAAGUCUAAUAUUUUCAUUUUUGAUAAUCCAUAAAUGAUGACAAGCAUACAUAUGGCGGAGCUGCAGCGUCUCCUUUCUCACAGCUAUUUCUGCUCAACCGCCAGUGUGCACGCACAUUCAGACAGACUAAAUAAAGACCCAAAACCGGUCCUGUAGAACAGUUUUAGUCUUGAUAAAUCACAUUGCAUAUGCUAAAUAAUUAUAUUUGCGUUUUUUCCUCCAGGUAUUGUGGUUGUGCUUAUGCUCAGAUCAGCAUAAAUUCUGAAUAUACUGUACUAACUGGAUUGCGCUCCCUAUUUUGCUCACUUAAGCGAUGCAAUCCUCUGCACACAAGCUUAGUAGGUCAGUUUUGCGUGCACUAUCAAGUUUGCACGUGUUUUAAUACACUCAAAUCUUUAGUAGAUCAGGCCAUACUGUAUUUCCUCAUAUAAUGGCCAAAACAUUUCUUUACCCAACCCCAGAGUACCAGUCAUCUUUUUGGGUUGAUACAUAAAAUAAUGAUAUUUAAUCAUUUAUCAAUAUUGAAUAUUAAAUAUUUUAUUGAUGGUAGACACUACUCACUUUCUAUCCAAGCCCUGUUUAACUUCUUGCUCUUUAAACUUCACUGGAAAAUUCAGCUUUACAGAUGCCACACCUGCUGUGCAGGUGGUGUGUGUUGUGGUAACUGUGGCACAAAACGGUAUCAGACACAAGUAAUCCCUGUCACUUUUUUUGGUGUUAUAAAGUAAGUGUCUAUUCAAAAUGAGGGUUUAAUUUACCCUGACGAUUAACUGAGUCACGGCAUGUGUCAACGUGGAGGCCACUAUUUGAGGAAAUCUGGUGGCUUUGUGGGCAUUUAGCACUGGCACAAUGUUGUCUUUCAAUGGUGCAGCUUUUAGUUGGUAUUUGGUUUUCUGUUACUCUUUGUGAUGUGAAUAUGAAUACGCUAAUGAAACUGAAAGUAAGAGCAUUUCAAAUCAAAAAUAUUUCCAGAUAAGAAACACUACAAAGGAAAAUUUUUAUUUUUUUAUUUUUAUUUUAAUGUCUUGUUAUGUUGUCUUUGAGUGGCUCUCUCUGGAUGAGCUAUUGUUGCGAUCCAAUGCACUUUGUAAUGAGUCAUUAUUUUACACGCGAUCAAGAGGGGAAAUAUUUUAUGCUCUGGAAUUGUCUGGAUGAUGAUGACACUGAUGAUAUAAGCUAGAACGUGAACCCAUGUACUGAACAAAUCAUGUUAAUUUUGAAUGUUUACAUUUUUCUUUUAUCUUUAAUCUUUAGUUUCCAUGUACAUAUUUUGCAGGCCAGUCAUUUUUUUUAAUUCAUGUCGCAUGUACAAUGUUACCUGUUAAUGUACAAUUGUAAAUGCUUCCAUUAGUCACCUUUCCCACACUGCUUUUCCCCUUAAAUGUUCACUUUGGGGGGAAGACUGUCCCACAUAGAACAGAACAUAAAUGUAUUAAUAUGUAGACACUACCAAUUAUGCAAUCUGUUUUUUUGGCAUCUCUAUAUACCCCCCAUACAGAUCCAGGAAUGUUGUUACACUUUGAUUAAUAUUCAAUUGCACCAGUGCAGUGGUUCCUAAACCUUUUUCACCAAGUACCACCUCAGAAAACACUUGGCUUUCCAAGUACCAACAUUAAAAUACAGUAGCAUAGUAGGCCUAAAUGUUCAUUAAAACAAGGUAGAUGUUUUGUAUGCAUAUUUAAUAUGUUUGGCAACUGUAACAUUACACACAAUUUGAACAGUAACACUGUGUUGGAAUAUUUAAUGAAGUGAUUCCUUGGCGUGCCACAGUUUGUGAAUCACUGCAUUAGUGCAUACAAAUGGAGUUUUUGGAUAAUUUUAGAAGUCAUUGUGACUUCAUACUUGUGUUUUCAGUGCCUUCAGCAGACAAGCUUUAAGUACAACUACUGUGACUACAAAAAUGGUGGAUGGAACUGGAUGAUGACAAUGCUGGUGGACUUUUCAGGCAGUCCUUUUUUGACUACUGAGACAAUAACCCCCUUCUCCUCCUCUGAGUAAUGCUGUUUUUGUUUUACAAAAAUAUUGAUUGACUGGAUUUAAUCCAAAAAAUACAGUGGUUGGUCGAGCCGGUAAGAGAUCAUGUGAAAGUGUUUUUUUAAAUCUGCUAAGUUAACUUCACUUAUGGUUAAAGGAUAACUUUUAUAUUUUUUUAUUUCUUACAGUGAGAGUGCUGCAUAAAAUAUGCUCCACAAAAUAAUUUUUUCGUCAAAUUUGGGAGGCAUCAGCUGUAUUAUUGUCUUGGAAGGGAGGUCACACUUUUUAAAAAAGCGUGAAAGACUGGAUAUAGUUUUAAGGAUUUAAACAUGGCCAAACUUUUGUUUUUCCAUUUUUAAAUCCAGGUAGGAUGUGUUUCUAGAGUUUAUGUUCAUUUGUGUUUAUAGAUAUCUUUCUGUACGAAACUUUGCUGACACAGGAAAUGAUAUUGUUUAACUAACAGACUUACUGGUGACUUGUCAACUUUCCGAAGAAUCGAAAUGUUUGCAUUAAUGGUUGAAAAUAUUGUGAUCUUGUCUUCCGAUGAUGGUUUAUUUUGGCCGCUAUCACAGCAUUGUGACGUUCAUAUAUCAGGGUAUGCACAGACACACACACACUCCCUGAUUUGUAAACCCAUGCUGCAAAAACCUUAUCCCUUGUGAUUUUUCGAAGCUUUAAAACUAACAAACUAAUGCAGUGCAUGACUAUGACUAAAUGUGCGCCAAUAAAUGCUUUAAAUGCUUACAAUAUUGCAUAGAUUAGUCAUUCUUGUAUCAUAGUCGUCAUUCCUAAUGAACGAGGCUGUGUGUUUCUUCCGAGCAUAUGCUUAAUGUUAACACUAAUAACUAACCGAAAUAUUACUGAUGUAAACAAUAAAAAAUAAUUUGUCUGGCCAA